UUCAUGAAAACAAGUACAAAAGGCAAUCUCGUAUUCAAAAUAAGCGUUUAUAAAUUGUAACAAAUAUUUCUGUUAACAACAAAGAAAAUGACUGAUCAGUCGAUCCAUGAAAUGGCCUAUCGUGGCAGAACAUCAGAUAUCAAACGACUCUUGAACGAAAAUGGGAAACUAAAAACUGAGAAGGACAAUAUAGGGCGAAUGUUAAUUCAUUGGGCAGCUCUUGGCGGUCACGAUGAUUUAGUUACAUAUUUAUUGUCACUUGACGUGCCAGUUGAUCCCACUGACGAUACAGACAUGACGCCAUUAAUUUUGGCGGCAUCGGCAGGUCGCGAAAAGGUAGUGAAAAUCUUAUUAAAAGAGGGUGCAAACAUUAAUGCAAGAACACAAACAGGCCAUUCAGCAUUGCAAUAUGCUGCAUCGAAGAAUUGGAAGUCGAUUUGUGUAGCAUUACUAGAAAAAGACGCUGACGUAAAUAUCGUUGAUGAUCGUGGUGCAACACCGCUGCAUAGGGCUGCCUCAAAAGGCAACAUUGCCAUUGUGAAGCUUCUUUUAGAGUAUGAUUUAAAAAUAGACAGCAAAGACGCUGACGGCAAUACUGCAUUGCAUUUAGCAUGUGAGGAGGAUCGAGUUGAGGAGGCGAAAAUGUUAGUUUAUAAUGGCGCCAAUUUGAAUAUACAGAAUAAAGAGAAAAAGACGCCACUGGAUCUCGCUAGGCUGGGAUUGCAGCGAGUAUUGAAAGAGAUCGAACAAAAUGACCCUUGAGUUAAUUUCACGUCUAGUAUAAUUUUUUACAUUGUUAUGCAACAAAUGAUGCAAUCGAUUUUUAUUUGAUCAAUGUAUUUAUUAAAUAAAAUUCAAAGUAAAUAUUUUCAGCGCAUGUAGCUUGUUUGGUAACAUGACCGGCAGCGUUACAAAUUAUGUACAACCAUUAAAAAAUUCCUUCGAACAAUUAUUGCAACGAAUCGUAUUGUUAUGGCAAUUUAUUCAAUUAUUGAAAAUCACUGACCUGAGUAACAAUACCUCUACCAUUCAGUUCCCAGCAUAUAUUAUAGUGUUUGAUUACACCUAUGUAUAAAAAAGUUUCAUUGGUCAGAUCAUGGUAAACGUUUUCUCAACCCCCUUUUGCAUAAAAAAAUAAAUAAAAAAGAUGCAAGGUGGCAGGGAUUUGUUUACAGAAAUUUUGGAUGGUUUAUAAAAAAUACGUUCACAGAUACUACAACUUUUAUCCCACAUCCAAUGAUUAUUCUUAAGAGUAAGGAACUCCGAAAAAUGUUCGAUCCGAUGUUUCCAUUUCUUUUUUUGUGUUUCUGCAUCAUAUUGGUGUUAGUAAAUAUAGAAACAUGAGAGUACAAUAGCAUCGUCUUAUCAGUUAAAUAAAAAAAUAAGUAUA